GUCUGGGCCAGCGAGACCCUGAGGUGCUUUUUGGGUCGGCAACUCCAAAGGCGCAUCACCACCACACCCACGCGACCUCUGUCUCUCUUCUUCUCUCCAGUUUCGCUCCUUCGACCACUGUCCGCGGCAUCUUACCGGAUCUUCUGCUCUUCCCUGUUACCUGUCCAUCUCUGUCCUCGCCAUGUCUUCCCCUCGCGCCUCAUCGCCCGUGGCCUCGCCUGCCGCCACUGGUGCCAGCAUCGGCCGUCCGUCAUCCCCUGCCGCCCCUGGAGGCGCGCGAACAGCUAUCCGCCGGAGAGCUGCUGCCGACCAGAAGGAGAAGAUUGCCAAUGCGCGCCCGAGCAGCACGCGCGCCGCUGGCGCCGGCGGCUCAAGCAGCACCAUGCUCAAGCUCUACACAGACGAGUCUCCUGGCUUGAAGGUUGACCCGGUCGUCGUCCUCGUUCUGUCCCUAGUGUUCAUCUUCUCCGUUGUUGCUCUCCACAUCAUUGCCAAGGUCACCCGCCGGUUCUCCAGCUAAGCAGUAUGCCAAAAUCAUCACCAUGUGCCGAAAUCCACAUCACCAGAGACUUCUGCAGUAAGCUCUCUGGUUCUGUCUGGAGCAGAGCCGGACCACACAACAACACGACUAAUAGCCCGCAAGUUACGUGCGAGAGCUCUCGAUUCGUACGACUAAUCGAAAGCCAGCAGGCCCGGAGGCUGGUCGGGGAGUCUGCUUGGGAACAAUGUGUGCCUUGAUCACACAGAAGGAUCCGGCGCAAGCGCUCGACAAUCGUUUACUGUAUCAUAACAGGCCACCUAGGCAGGCUCCAUUUACGCUAGAAAGAGAUACCGUUUUGUUUUGUUGCCGUGA